UCUGCUGGAGCCCAAGACGAGAUAGAGAGAAUGGCUAAUGAUAAGGUGGAGGAAAAAAAGGAGUUAGAAUGGGCCUUGUUACCCCCGGGAGAAGUUUCCCAAGUAGAUGGGAUUGUUCUAGAGAAGAAUCUAUGCAACAGUUGGGAUAAAGUCUGGAAUUUUGAAGCCAAGCCUGAUGACCUGCUCAUUGCUUCCUAUCCCAAAGCAGGGACUACUUGGACACAGGAAAUUGUAGAUUUGAUACAGAACGAUGGAGACAUUGAGAAGAGCAGACGGGCUCCCAUUCAUCUUCGACAACCUUUCCUGGAGUGGGUAAGAACAGCAAUCCCUGGAAUUGACCAGGCUAAUGCAAUGCCUUCCCCGAGGACACUGAAAACUCAUCUUCCUGUGCAACUACUACCUCCAUCCUUCUGGGAGAAAAACUGUAAGAUAAUUUAUGUGGCAAGGAAUGUCAAGGACAACAUGGUGUCCUACUACUAUUUUCAAAAGAUGAACAAAGGACUCCCAGACCCAGGAAGCUGGGAUCAGUACUUUGAAACAUUCCUGUCAGGCAAAGUGGUCUGGGGUUCCUGGUUUGAUCACGUGAAAGGCUGGUGGGAGAAGAAAGAGAGCCACCCCAUUCUCUAUCUCUUCUAUGAAGAUAUGAUGAAAGACCCAAAACGUGAAAUUAGAAAAGUUAUGAAAUUCCUGGGGAAGAACCUAAAAGAAGAGGUUUUAGACAGAAUUGUCUAUAACGCUUCAUUUGAUGUGAUGAAAAGGAACCCCAUGACCAACUACAUAAAUGAUGUUCAAAUGAAUCAUCGUCUUUCUCCAUUCAUGAGAAAAGGAGUCAUUGGAGAUUGGAAAAACCAGUUCACUGAAGCUCAGAACAAGCAAUUUAAUGAAAUCUAUGAGAAAAAUAUGGCUGACACCUCUCUGUCAUUCUGCAUGAAGCUCUAGAAAUCAGAGCAUGGGAAUAAGACCUAUUCUCGCGCCAGCCUGAGUGGAGUAGAAGAGAACUCUUUCCAAACGCCGCUAAUGGUUUCCGUGACUUUGUGUGAGGGUUUAAACAAUGGCCUGGCAUUCUUGUUCUUACAUUUGUGAUUUACUUUUUGGGUUAACCCCAAUGAGACUUCAUUUAUCCAGUAUCAACAUUCAGCAUUUUCCUUCUCUCUCUGCAGAUUUUUAGUGUUUAGAUUAAUUUCAAUAUACCAACAUAUAAUAUAUAAUAUAUAUUUAAUAAUUUCUGUUCUUUCUAUAUAUCCUCUUUCCAUCUUCUGUUAUAAUUUCCUUUGAAUUGAAAUGUUUCUUUCAAAAGUUCUGUACAAUACAAUCAUACCUAGAAAAAAGGCCAACUCCAUUCAUUUGAUGACAGACAUAUAUUGAGUGCCUCAUUCAUGCUGGGAAACGGAGAACAUCAAAAGAUGACAAAAACAAGGUUACUUCCCCAAGGAAGGGUGCAGCCAGUAGUGAAACCGGACAGAAAAGGGGCCUGCUGCCUGUCACUACACAAGUCAAUAAGCAGAGACAAGGUUGAAUCUUUGUGGUGUGUUUUUAUUCAGGUGGCCAGCGAUCCGAGAGAGUGGCAAGAAUAAUACCCUGAAAGAAAUUGUUCUGACAUUUCAUUUCAAACAGGCCCUUAUGUAGGGUUAGAGGGUGGGAAAAAAUCUAAAACUAGUGAGUUCCCAGGGUCUGUUUUCUAUCAUUGUCCUUGAAAAGAUCAGCCCAGGAACACUGCAAAGAUUAGCACCAGAAUAUGUCUCCCUUCAGAUAGGUCCUUUCUUUGAUCUGCAAUAAAAACGUGUCUUCUUUUCAGAGUAAUGGACCCAUCUGGGCUUCGAGGCCACCUUAUCUUUACAGCCCGUUUUUAUUCUUGCAACACAUCCUCUAAUUUCCCAGGUUCUACAAGAAUAAUCUCUUUUCUAUAGUUAAUAUAGUUAAUAGCUUAUUAAACAACUAAGACUCUAUUCUUAUAGCAUAUUCUUCCCCUAACAGUCAAAUACUGUAGCAUGGAACAGGUGAACUGUAUUAUCAAAUAAACUGUGAUACGAACAUAGACUGAAAGGUGCAGCAGGAUCAUAGAGAAGAAAAACAAAGCCACAUAGUAUGGAGUCACAGAAAAACUGAGGAAAAUAGGGACAAGACACGGUGGGUAUUUCACAACAACCCACUCCCUAGCCUUAAGUACAUGUACCACGUUUAGCACAGUCAGCAUUCCUAUCUCCCAUCACCCCAAAGUGCAAAAGUGUCCUACUUAAUAAUGUACAGUUGACCUUUAAACAAACCUGGUUUGAAUUGUACAAGUCCACUUAUACCUGGGUUUUAAAAUAAAUAUUUUAUCUUCUG